AUGCCUGGCUCCCUGUCCCUUUUCUCUGUCAAUGCCAUCCUGGUCAUGUCGGCCGAGGAUGGCUCCCGCAUCCUCACCAAGUACUACUCGCCGCCUCACCCCCCAGCAGGCACCGCUCCCAACUCCACCGAUUAUCCCGGCGCAAACCCCUAUCCGACCGUCAAGGAGCAGAAAGCUUUUGAGCAGGGUCUCCUGGAGAAGACAAACAAGCAGAGCAGCGAUGUGAUCCUCUACGACAACCGGAUCGUCGUGUUCAAGGUCGAGAGCGAUGUGAUGCUCUAUGUGGUGGGAGCCGCCGAUGAGAACGAAGUGCUGCUCUACAACGUUGUGCUGUCGCUACGGGAUGCCUUGGGAAUCUUGUUCAAGGGCGCAACGGACAAGCGGACCAUCAUCGAGAACUACGACCUGGUCGCCCUGGCCAUUGACGAGAUUGUCGACGACGGCAUUAUCCUCGAGACGGACCCCGUGAUGAUUGCCUCUCGGGUGAGCCGUGCCCCUGCGCCGGAUGCGCCCAACCUCAAGAGCAUCGACCUUUCGGAACAGGGUCUUCUCAAUGCCUGGGAGCUCGGCAAGCGGCGUUUGGCAGACAGUCUGCGGCAGAUGUAG